AUGCCUCAACAGAACGCAGCAGCGGGCCAGGCUGCUCAGGGACAGCAGCGCCAGGAGCAGACCCUCUCCCAGACUGUCAUGCAAAUCCUCACCCGCGCUAUGAUGGCCUAUGCCGUCAUGUCCUUCUUCAGCGGAGGAUUCGGCGGAAAGAAGGAACCUGUCGCUCCUCACCCAGACUCGGCCGUUAAAACCAACAGCCCCGAUGGACUCGCCCAACCCUUUGGAUUCAACCCUCCUAAGGCCUUCCCUCUCUGGGAAGACAAGACCAAGGCCGACCUGUUCGUGUAUGUGUCUGAGGAUUACGAGUUCAGUAACUUUGAGGACAAGAACAGCCUUGUGUGGCGAUCAGAUGAUAUUGAACUCGGCGAUUGGACCGAAGACCGCGUCGUCGACCUUUCGAUCAAGCCAUCCAAGCAUGUUCAGAACAACGGAACCCUGUAUGCCCAUAUUUACUUUGCCAAGAGGGACACUCCCCUCAGCCCUACCUCCAAGGACUUUAGCCUCGACAACCGCGUCUACACCCGCAAGCCAUUGACUCGUUACUUCAAGAAGAAGAGAGAGUUCAAGGUCAAGAAGUUGGUCGGUGGCAAGCAGGAGGCUGAGGCAGAGCCUGAGAACCCCGUCGAGGAGCCCACUGUCCCUGAGGGUGGCUCUACCAUUGUGUCGUACUGGCACCAGAACUUGACCAUCGCCGUUCUUGCUGACCGCACCGUCAUCCCUUACGCUGCCCUUCCCCCAGAGUUGAAGCCCAUGUACCAACUGGAGAGCACAGGAAAGCACGAUCAGCACGGUAACGGAUUUGUCCUCCCAGUAAUCUACAUCAACGACUUCUGGCAGCUCAAGGAGCACAUGACCGCCAUCAACGAGACUGUCAAGUAA